CGUGAAACAUGGCGACUGAGAGCAGUGAAAAGUGCUGAAUUCUCUCCACAUUUCGACAAAAUCGCGAAGGUUUAGAGUGAGAUCGUGUGCUCUGGUCUCUUCAGUAUCUCACCGUAGUUCUUGUUGCCAAUGUUCAACAUGGGCCGAACUACACUGAAAGAUCAGAAAGACAGUAGGAAGGAAAAGCCAGGCAGGAGUAUGUCCCUCACAGGUCCUGGACCAGUCAAAGUGACUGAGACUUUCUCAUGGGAAGAGUAUUUAAAGGAGACAUCAUCUGUUCCUGCCCCUCCCAGCUGUUUUAAACAGUCUCGGAUUCCUCCUCCUAACGACUUCAAGGCUGGUAUGAAGCUGGAAGCUCGAGACCCUCGUAACUCCACUUCCACCUGCAUCGCCACAGUGAUGGGCAUGAUGGGUGUGAGACUUCGCCUACGUCUGGAUGGCAGUGACAACACCAACGACUUCUGGCGACUGGUUGACUCCUCUGACAUCCAGCCAAUCGGAACCUGUGAGAAGAAUGGAGACAUGCUGCAACCACCACUGGGUUUCAGGAUGAAUGCCUCGUCGUGGCCGAUGUUUCUCUUGAGGACUCUGAAUGGAGCCGAAAUUGCACCAGCCACUGCGUUUAAAAAGGAGCCCCUAGGGCCCCCACAGAACGGUUUCAAGCCCGGGAUGAAAUUUGAGGCGGUAGAUAAAAAGAAUCCAUACCUGAUCUGUCCAGCAACCAUCGGCGAGGUGAAGGGCGAGGAGGUGUUUGUCAUGUUUGACGGUUGGAGGGGCGCGUUUGAUUACUGGUGUCGUUACGACUCGCGGGACAUCUUCCCAGUGGGCUGGUGCGGAGUCACCAAACACAGCUUACAACCGCCCGGCAACAGCAUCACUCUUUCGAAACCUCUUCCUGCACCACCCUCCUCUUCAAACUCUAAACCAAUGCGGCGCUCCAUGCCAUCUCCGUACCGGUUGCCGACACCUCUUCCCCCACUCCCUGUGAGAAAGGGCGUCAGAGGGCGGCGACCGAAGAGCGAGACUAUCGCGCUUCUGAAAGCACUGGCAGCUUCCACCGCUGCCCAGGACGCGGAAGCACCAGGGGGUGCCAAACCCCAAACCACUCCCGUCUCCCAGCUUGAACCACGUCUGUAUAAGAAGAGGGGACCCAAACCGGGAAGCAAGAGAAAGCACAGAUUUCUCCAGAGUCCCAUGUCUAUAGCUGGGGACACCAGGGUGCCCAUGACACAGAUGCCCAGCGAUGGACACUCACCUUUGGGCUGCCCCUCAUCUGUGGUUUCAACUGUGUGUGUGUAUGUGAACAAACACGGGAACUGUGGGCCUCAUCUGGACCGUAAGCAGGUUCAAAGGCUGCCGGAUCAUUUCGGUCCAGAGGCCGUGAACCUGGUCCUGCAGCAGACGGUCCAGGCGUGUCUAGACUGCGCAUACCAGCCCAAAGUUCUUCUGGGAUGCCUACAGAGUCAAGCUGGUGGAGGAGAGGUGGUCAGAGUCCGAACAGAUGGCGGGACACGUUUAGUGAAGCUUCCAUCUGCAUCCAGCGCUGCGUUCGUGUUGCGUUUUCUGGAGCUUGUGUGUCGACACCUGCAGUGUGAUAAUCUGUUCAGCAGUCAACCGUUCAGUCCACACAACACCUAUGACCGUGCUAAAUCAGUAAAAGAGGAGCUGUUUUCAGAAUCGGCGUCUCUGAACAGAGGUGUGAAACGGAUCUCCAGAGAUUCUCCGCCGUACUGCGCUCCUCUCUCCCCAAAACUCCUGCACACAGACACACACCCCUCAGAAGCAGAGACUCUUCCUCCUGAGGAGAAUGGCUUACUGAAGGAACAGCGCUUUAUGGACUCCGCCUCCAACUCAAUGACGCCCCGCCCACAGACCUCGAGAAGCACCUCAGACUAUCAGUCUCCACCCAGCAGCCCAUAUUACCAUGGAAACGGCCCACCCCUGCGACGACAGGCCUCCAGCCCCUCCACACAGACACACAGACGAGUGGAGGCAGCCAGCUCUACCACGGGUCCCGAGGCCGCGGCAGAUUGUGUCGCUCCCAGAACCCCAGGUCGGAGUCCCUCGUCCUGGUCCAUAGAGGAAGUGAUGCAGUUUGUACGAGACGCUGAUCCGACAGCUCUGGCUCCACACGCAGAACUCUUCCGAAAACACAGAGCUGUAAGCUUUCAGAAUGAUGUCACAACGUGAAAGUGGAAUCACAGACACGAACACAGAAUUAUGGGAGACACCAGAAGUGAGUUUACAAAGACUGGGAGCCUUUAACACAGAUAGAUGACUGUGUUUGCCUGGGAGGAGAGCAAAGAGAGUAUGGGGGAGGAUUGGAUGAAAUUACGUCGCAGAGUGCCUGGGUUUAUUUGUUUAUGAGCCAGUGUUAGGGUGGAGUUUAUUACACAAAAUGCUGCCAAGACUAUGAAGUGAACCUCCCUCUGGCAAACAUAGAGAGACAAGAGAGAAUGCCAGAAAGAGAGUGUAUUAGAGAGAGAGAGAGCACCUUGAAGGAAUAGAGAAAUAGAAAGAAAAUAAAAAGGGGGAGCAAAGAAAUAUGGGAUAGAAGAGUCAAAACAGAAGAGAAAAGUAAAAACAUGAGGAAGAAGAGAGAUCAGACAAUCUAGAAACACUGCAAAUGAGCUUUCAAAAAAUGCUUUGACAGCACCAAAUUUCUGGUCUGCAUUAGGUACCCAGUAAGCAUUGCAACAAUUCAAUGCUAACAUGACACAGAAUGCAAGAAUGGACCAGAAAUCACACUACAAUCGCAUUUGUGGCUCUUUCCACAAAUUUAGUACACUUUGGUGUCACGUGACAUGCUUUAAAAAGCAUUAAAUACGUAAGAUAAACGAUUAUGAAGCAUAAAAAUAGCCGAGCAUGAAAAGGUCAAUGAUAGCAUCUAUGCAACACUCAUGUAAAAAAACACAGUAAACAAACAUAUUUAGAAAGUAGGUUCUCAUGUUGUAUUUAUAAUAAAGAAUCUAUAA